CCGAUGUGGUCCAGCUGAUAGACAUCGGUCGUCAUGCCGGUCUCAGCAGGGGGGGCUGGAUAUAGUUACUCUAUAUGCUAAACAACUGAACAUCAACAGUUUAUAGUCCUAUUAGGUUAUUCACCUGUGGCAGCUACAAUGGCAGAAUCGAUCGCAAUUGCAGACACCCCAGGCGUGGCCAAGGAGUUCCUGGUUGGCACCUCGGGGGGUAUCACCCAGGUCAUUAUCGGCCAACCAUUCGACAUUGUCAAGGUCCGCAUGCAAGUCCAGGCAAACAAGACCGCCAUCCAAGUCGCCCGGGAUAUCUGGAAGCACGAGGGGGCCUUGGCCUUCUACAAGGGAACCCUCCCGCCGCUGCUCGGAGUCGGAGCCUGUAUCAGCAUCGUCUACUCAACCUUCCACACAAUCUCACAAGCAAUCCACUCCCUCAAUGACAACAACCCAACCCCCACCCUAACACCCACCCAAACCUACCUCGCCGGCGGCCUCUCCGGCCUCGCCAACAGCAUCAUAUCAGGACCCACGGAACACAUCCGAAUCCGCCUGCAGACCCAAUCCGCCCCCUCGCUUACUCCAAGACAUGCUCCUGCUUCAGGGCCGUAUUCCGUCUAUGGCUGCAUCCGUGCCAUCCACUCCCACGCGGGGCUCCGGGGCCUCUACCGUGGCCAGACACCCACCAUGCUCCGUGAAUUUGGCAGCUACGGCGUCUGGUUCUGUGUCUACGAGGGCCUUCUUUCCUGGCUAACCUGGCCCAGCCAUCCCACCUCCAAACUAAACACAAAUACAGGUACAGCCUCCAACAGCGCAGCACGCAGGGAAGACCUCCCCACGUGGCAAAUUGCAUCGUGCGGCGUCAUAACAGGCCUGGUGCUCUGGUCUGUCAACUACCCGUUUGACGUCGUCAAGAGUAAGAUGCAGGCGGAUGGGUUUGGCGCGGAGAGGAGGUAUGUGAAUAUGCGGGAUGUGGUGAGGCGGACUUGGUGCGUGGAGGGGGUGAGGGGGUUCUUUAGGGGAUUGGGGCCGACGCUUUUUAGGGCUGUGCCGGUUUCUGGGGGGACUUUUGUUGUGGUUGAGCAGGUGAGGAAGCUUAUAUAGAUAUAGAUAUAAAUGAUAGUUGGUUGGCGGGAAGGGGCUAUAGAG